AUGGCUGAGUACACGCGGCUGCAGAACUGGCUGGCGCUGAUCCGCCUUCGAAACCCGCCGGUCAACGCCAUCAGUGUAUCUGUACUCCAUGGACUAAAACAGGGACUGCAGAAAGCUAUAACAGACCAUACAGUAAAAGCCAUUGUGAUUUGUGGAGCAGAUGGCAAAUUCUCUGCAGGUGCUGAUAUCCACAGCUUCAGUGCUUCUAGAAAGACUGCCAUCUCAUUGGGACACUUAGUAGAUGAAAUACAGAGAAAUGAGAAGCCUGUGGUGGCAGCUAUUCAAGGCAUGGCUUUAGGAGGGGGACUGGAGCUGGCCCUGGGCUGUCACUAUCGGAUUGCCCAUGCAGAGGCUCAAAUUGGCUUCCCAGAAGUCAAACUAGGACUCCUUCCUGGUGCAAGAGGAACCCAGCUUUUCCCCAGACUCAUUGGAGUUCCUGCUGCACUUGAUUUAAUUACCUCAGGAAGACAAAUUUUGGCAGAUGAAGCACUCAAGCUGGGCAUUCUAGAUGAAAUUGUGAACUCAGACCCGGUUGAAGAAGCAAUCAAAUUUGCCCAGAGAAUUUCUGAUCAAUCUCUAGAAUCCCGUAGACUCUGCAACAAGCCAAUUCAGAGCUUGCCCAACAUGGAUGGCAUAUUCAACGAAGCCCUUUUGAAGAUGCGGAAGCAGCAUCCUGGGUGCCUUUCUCAGGAGACUUGUGUCCGUGCAGUCCAGGCUGCCGUACAGUACCCCUAUGAGGUGGGCAUCAAGAAAGAAGAGGAGCUGUUUAUGUACCUUCUGAAAUCAGGGCAGGCUCAAGCACUGCAAUAUGUUUUCUUUGCUGAGAGAAAGGCAAAUAAGUGGUCAACUCCCUCAGGAGCAUCCUGGAAAACAGUGUCAGCGCGGCCCAUCUCCUCAGUUGGCGUUCUCGGUUUGGGAACAAUGGGCCGAGGCAUUGUCAUUUCUUUUGCAAAGGCCAAGAUCCCUGUGAUUGCUGUAGAAUUGGACAAGAAGCAGCUAGAGACUGCCGAUGGGAUAAUAACCUCCAUUUUGGAAAAGGAAGCAUCCAAAAUGCAGCAUUGGUCAGGACCAAAACCCAGGUUAACUACAUCUAUGAAAGAGCUUGGUGGUGUAGAUUUAGUCAUUGAAGCAGUAUUUGAGGACAUUAACCUGAAGAAGCAAGUCUUUGCUGAAUUGUCAGUUGUGUGCAAGCCAGAAGCUUUUUUGUGCACCAAUACUUCAACCUUGGACAUUGAUGAGAUUGCUUCUUCCACUGACCGCCCUCACUUGGUCAUUGGCACUCACUUCUUCUCACCAGCCCAUGUCAUGAAGUUGUUAGAGAUUAUUCCCAGCCAAUACUCUUCCCCUACUACUAUUGCCACAGUUAUGAAUUUAUCAAAAAAGAUUAAAAAAAUUGGAGUAGUUGUAGGUAACUGUUAUGGGUUUGUUGGCAAUCGAAUGUUGAAUCCUUAUUACAAUCAGGCACAUUUCUUGUUAGAAGAAGGCAGUACUCCGGAAAACAUAGAUCAGGUGCUAGAAGAGUUUGGUUUCAAAAUGGGACCUUUUAGAGUGUCAGAUCUUUCUGGAUUGGACGUGGGUUGGAAAUGUCGACAAGGGAAAGGCCUUACUGGACCUACAUUGCCUCCAGGAACUUUUUCCCGAAAGCGGGACAAUGGGAGAUACUGCCCAAUUCCUGAUAUUCUCUGUGAAUCAGGACGAUUUGGCCAGAAGACAGGUAAGGGUUGGUAUCAAUAUGAUAAGCCAUUGGGUAGGAUUUACAAACCUGAUCCCUGGCUUUCUGAAUUUCUGUCACAGUACAGAAAAAUCUAUUGCAUUGAACCACGCAUCAUUAGCCAGGAUGAGAUCCGUGAGCGCUGCUUAUAUUCACUCAUCAAUGAAGCAUUCCGUAUCUUGGAAGAAGGGAUAGCUGCUAUUCCAGAGCACAUUGAUAUUAUCUAUUUACAUGGGUAUGGAUGGCCAAGACACAAGGGGGGACCCAUGUUCUAUGCCUCCACAGUUGGGUUGCCCAUAGUGCUAGAGAAGUUGCAGAAAUAUUAUAGACAGAAUCCUGAUAUUCCACAACUAGAGCCCUGUGACUAUCUGAAAAAAUUGGCUUCUCUAGGAAACCCUCCUCUGAAAGAAUGGCAAAGCUUGGCAGGACCCCCUAGCAGUAAAUUGUGAUUCAGCCUUCCAGGUUAUACCUCCCAUACUGAACUCAGCUGAUGUUCACUGAAUUUCAUUGAAAUUAAAUCCAAAGAUCUGAAGUAAGAUUGCUCUGAAAUACAAAGCAAAAGAAAUAAUUGGUUAGAUAAACCUUCUCUUUGGGUCUUCUGUCUGAUUAUUCUAAUGGGUCAAAUCUUUAGGAGUUUGCUUCCUAUGCCUCUGAAUCUGUCUCUAUUGAGUAAAUCAUUUCAAUCCCACUGAAUCAACUGUAUUACCAUAAAUAGCUGAGGAAAGAGACUCAUGAAUAAGUUGAGGAUUCCAAAUGCUUUGAUCACUGGAGAAGUAUGUCAUUAAUUAAUGACUGAAAAAUUCAACUAAACCACAAAUUCAUUUUUACCCCUUUAAACCUCACACACGUGGAACUGAUAGGAAAUCUUAAUAGAUCCUUCAUUUAACAAACAUCCAUUGUGCACCUCCUGAGCAUCUUGCACAGCACUUGGCCAACCUGGAGUCCAGAGGGGGCAUUAAUCCAGCAUAGAAAGCCGUGAUGAAGUUUAGUCCAUAGUCUUGGAGGUGGAGUGGAGAUAGUUGGCAGAGUUGAGUCAAUGAUGAGGAUCUUUGUGAGUGAGAAUGGAAAGUUCCCCAAGGAGAGGCAGAAGUAGUAACCAGAAGGAAAGGAAGAGUGUCAAAAGCAUAACAGUAUUAAAGUAGGCAAAACACAGUUGGGAAAUAGUGAGGGAGUCAAGUACUUCACACUAGCAUGGGGAACUCAGAGUAGCCUGGCAAGUCGUACUUGGUGUAUUACUUCUGUCUACAGCCCAGUUCCAUGUGCACACUUGUGCUUGCUGCUUGUAAUGAGCUCAGUAAUGUUUGUUGAUAAUUUCCUCAGGACCCAGAAAUGUCUACAACCUAUCUUUCUUUUCUGUGCAUGGAGAAGAAACAGAAAGUAGUAAUUAUUGACUUAAUGUAAGAAGGGAUCUUAGAAAACAUCUAAUCUCCUCUGAUUCUGUGGUAAAGUAAUGAUACCAGUUUCCGUCUCAUGAUGAGCUUUUGUGAUGGCGGAUAUGAAAAUUGUUGAAUCUUGAAAAGUCUAACAUUACUGCAAAGUAAAUUCUGUAUAGUUUUGUUGUAAUUAUAAGAGUUCUCCUUUUACUUUUAAUAGGCUGGUCAACACAAAAACUUGUACACAAAUGUGUUUAGCAGUAUUCUUCAUAAGAGCUGCAAGUUGAAAACAACCUAAAUCUUCAUCAACUGAUGAAUAGAUAAACAAAGUAUAGUAUAGCCAUAUAAUAGAAUAUUUGGUCAUAAAAAGAAAUAAAGUACUGAUAUGUACUACAACAUGAUGAACCUUCAAAGUGCCAUGCUAAAUGAAAGAAGCCAAUCACAGAAGGCCACGUAUUGUAUGGACAUUUAUAUGAAACUUCCAAAGUAGGCAAACCUGUAGAGAAAGACAGAAGAUCAUAGGAUGCCUAAGAGUGGAAUAUUUAGGGGGUAAGGAAUGGGGUGUGACUGCUAAUGGGAACAGGGAUUCUUUUUGGGUUGAUGAAAACAUUCUAAAAUUAUUGUGGUGAUGGUUAUAUAACUCUAUGAAUCUACUAGAAAACUACUGAGUUGUGUAGUUUUAAAUGAGUGAAUUGUAUGGUAUGUGAA